AUGUUUUUAUUUUUAGAGUUGCUGCUCACCGUAAUUCACCGACUCUCUUGGCUUGUUCACCCCUAUGUUUAUAAUCUAUCUAUCUAUCUAUCUAUCUAUCUAUCUAUCUAUCUAUCUAUCUAUCUAUCUCAGUCUGAUAUCUCUUUCUCUCUCUAUUUCUGUCUAUCUAUCUCUGUUGAUGUUUAUGUCAGUCUGUUGAUAUCUAUUUCAAUCUAUCUAUCUAUCUAUCUAUCUAUCUAUCUAUCUAUCUAUCUCAGUCAGUCUGAUAUCUCUUUCUCUCUCUAUUUCUGUCUAUCUAUCUCUGUUGAUAUUUAUGUCAGUCUGUUGAUAUCUAUCUAUCUAUCUAUCUAUCUAUCUAUCUAUCUAUCUAUCUAUCUAUCUAUCUCAACUUAUCUAUCUCAGUCUGUUGUUAUCUAUUUCAAUCGGUUCAUAUCUAUCUAUCUAUCUAUCUAUCUAUCUAUCUAUCUAUCUGAUAAUGAUGAUGAUGAUAGAUGUGAUUCGAUAUUUUUCACCUGCCUGCUUAUUCCAAUCCGCCCGUUUAUUAGAUUUGAAACCAAUUUGCAACCCCCACUGCUUAUUCCAACUUCCUCUUUUAUUUUUCUAUUCAAGAUCCGAGAGUAA